AUGAUCGUGCUGCGCCUCAUUGUCUAUCUUUUGGCCUGCGAUGCAACUGUCAUCCAGUCGCGGAAGGGCGGAAGCUCCGCAUGGGUCAAGCGAACCCGACUUUAUGCAAUCAUGUCGUCUGCACCGAGCACGUCGACGGACCCGGACGCAGGCGUCAACAACCACGCAAUCUUGGAAGCGAUCGACGCGAUCCUAAUGCUCUGGAAGCGCGUGUACGACUCGGACGAAAGCAAGCCGGACGGCGACGAUGCCAGAGAGACGUGCGUUGCGACUGUGCGGCUCCUCGAGAUGCUGGUCGGCGUCACCGACCAGCUCGAAAACUGCCUCCACCGCAUCUUGUACCACGUUGCCGAUUUCUCGCGGCCGUCGCGCUGCACGUUUCUGCACACGUUGCAAGAGCCUUACGUGAAGACGUUUCUCGCCACGCUGUACCUUGGCAAGAUGGUCACGUCGCGCAGCAAGGAGCACGAGUGGUUCCAUGCCAUCGUCGAAGGCCUCGCUGGGAUGAAGUACAAGCCCUGGGCGGGUGCCGCGACGGUGAACGACGACAAUUUUAUCAAGGACCUCAAGCACUUUGCUGGGAUGCACGCGGAGACUUUCCUACGCAGAAAGAGCGCCAAGAGCGUCGUGUCGGGCAUUUUCAAAGCCGUUUUGAGCAAGUAG